AAACAUAAAGGCGUCAAAAUGGCGUCGUUUUUGCAAAUUCCAAAAUAAACUUUAACGAUUAAGUGAAAAUGAAUUAGGCCAAGCUUUAUUCAGCACAAGAGCUGGUCAAAAAACUAAAAGAAAGUUUACAAUGGCUUUGGCCAAAGUUGUGAAACUAGAAGAAGUGGAGAGACAGCAGAUAGAGCAAGCACCAGAUACAAGUGUUCUCACCCCAAUAUUUGAAAAUGCAUCUUCUAGUGAAGAGGAGUUAAAAAAAUCACCAAGUGAUGUUUUGCAACUGCAGACCCCACAAAAAACUGAUGAAGAUUCUGAGAGCCAAAUAGCACUCCUGCUAGAAAAAGAGGAAACAGUUGACAAGGUUUAUCCUCUACCGGAAAACUGGCCAAAAAUAUCACAGCUUAGUAAAAGGCCUAGAAGUUGUGUGCUUUCAAAUAUUUCAACACCAUGUGUGAAAAAAGCGGUCUCGUACAUAGAACUCUUUCAAAAUGCCAUUGAUGAGUGGAUGAAAAAAAUAACAGAAGAAUCUCGUCCAAGUAGCUUUAUUAGCAACGAGACCAAAAAGCAGUUGAGAUUUUCAGCAGUUCCAGAAGGCCAUGAUUUUCAAGAGAUGUCUACAUUCAAGCACAUUUCCAAUGGCAGGUUGUCAACUCGCAUGUCCUCAGCAACCACUGACUUAACAGUCAGAGGCAAAGGAGCUCAAUUGAGAGAUGAAGAGGAACUUGGUAGUAAUGACAUUCCUUACCUUGGGGCUCAAGAUGUGAUUGAUGAGGUCAUUGUCUUGUUAGCAAGAUUAGAAAACGAUAGGCAAGAAACACAAGAAACGUACAUUAAAGAAGUCCUGAGAACAAAUAUGCUGCGAAAGAAAAUAGACGAUCUUAGAUAUAGAAGACUAACAGAGCUUCCUGCUCUUGUGCAAAGAGAGCAUGAAACCUGUAUUAUGGAUCUUAGUGAGCUCCAUUGGCAUGUAUCAUACACAUCACGCAUUGAAGAAAAAGCAGCGCUGAGAUACAAGACAGCGGAGAAAAUAAAUCAUCAUUUGAAGGAGGAUAUUUCAUUUGUGAAGCAACAUGUGCCACUUGUACAGGAAAAACUCAUACUUGAAGUUGAGGCUAUGGAUAAAAUUAGGAAAGCUCAAGGGGAUACUGAUCAAGAGUUAGUGAUGACCAAGCAAAGACUAGCAAAAACUGAGAUGAAGUCUACUGAGGCACACACAAAGGCUGAAACAGAGAGAGGGUAUAUUAAACAAGAGCUGGAUAGAGUGAGGGAGGAUCUAGCCAACAUAAGUGAGGACUUAGCUGAAGCCAAGAUGACAUUUAAUGCUUAUGUCCACCAAGUAAAUGACAUCAACCAACAGCUGAUUGAAAAUGAUCAGGAGCUAAAAAUCUUGAAGGUCAAAAAUGAAAAUGCAAAAAUUGCUGAAGAGAUGCAAGCUACUAAAGUUAGUAACUUACAAUCAAAGAUCACUCAGGCUGAGUUUGAAAACAGAAGACUGGAGAAUGAAAAUGAACAACUUGAACAGGAACUGCAAACAAAUAAAAAUCGCCACAAACAUGUUAUUGAAGAUUUGGAACGUCAGGUCACAUCUCUUGAAAUCAAGUACAAGACACUGUUUCGUAAGAAUGAGGAGAUUGCCUUGGAAAUUGAAGAUUGUGAAGAUAAAAUUGCAAAGUGCAAUCAGCAGAAAAUUGCAGGUGAGAAAAAUACCGCCAGAAUUCUAAAAGAAAUAGAACGUGUAACUGUAAUGUUGAACCAAACUUUGGAAGAGCACUAUCGAAUAUCAUCUAUCAAUGAAAACCUCAGUGGGGAACUGAAAUUACAAAAAGAAAAAGCAUUCAAAACUGAGGAAGCCCUAAAGACAAAUUUGGAAAUGCUGAGAAGGCAAGUAAAAGAGGAAAUUCACACUCGCACUGUCCUGCAUGCUCGAAUAGCUUCGGAUGGAAAUGAAAUUGAGAAGACUAAAAUAGAAUCUGCUAAAAAGAAAGAAAAAGCUCAGAGUGUUGCAGAUGAGGUUACAAAUGCUGUGAAGCUUGUUCUUGAUAAAGUUGAAAAACUGCGUUCUGCUAAAGGAGAGAAGCAAACUCACAAAGAGUCCUUAAAGACACAAGUUCAGGACUUGGAAAUACAGCACAAGAACAGCAGUGAAAGGUUUAGGGAACUCAUGUCUAAACUGGAGCCACAGCAUCAAACUUGCAAGGGGCAGUUGAAUGAUUUAAAUGAACAACUGACCACAAUCAAUAAAAAUAAAGAAAUGAUGAAAAAUAAAGUUGAGGAGAUGGAUGGAGCCCAGAAAAUGAUGGAGAGAUCUGUUAGAACAUCAGAAGAAGCUAUUACUCUUCUCACGUCAGAGCUAGAAGAACUGAAGAUUCAGGUUGAGGCAGGUAAAAAGAUUGAGGAAAAUCUUCGCAGACAGCAUAAUGAAGUUUUAGAUCGACUGAGAAUUGAUGAGAACAAGCACAGUUUACUUAAAAAAGAAAGAGAAGCUGUUUUAAAGAAACAUCAGACAGACAAGGACAAAUUUAUUGAGAGCAACAAAAACCUGGCUUCUAGAUACAGGCAACUUCAAAAUGAAUUCCUGAUCUCAAAAGAGAAAAUGUUGAAGAGCUAUGAGGAAAGAGUUAAGGUGGAAGCUGCUAUCACUGAUGUCAAACAGCUGAAAUCCAUCCAGUCCAAGCUGCAUGGGGCACUUACAGAGUACUUUAAACUCAGUGGCCUCUACAACCAAUCAGAACUGGCCAAACUGGAGCAAGAAUCAGCCAACAAUGGUGUGCGUGUCUCUGAACUACAGGUCAACAUGGAGCAAGCUUUAGAAGAGAUCACCCAGUUCUUGAGUUCCCAGAUGGAUGGUAAGGUCGCCAAGCAGAUAGCCAUGGAUGCAGUGAAAAAAACAUCUGUUGUCACCAUGGAAGUUCCUAAUGUUUCCAGUACAAAUUUUUCUCAUACAAAGUCAGCAUUAGAUUCAGUUCAAAUACCACAAAUGGCAUUGAUUCAGUAAGGCCCAUGAAUAAAUAAAGGAGUUCCCUGAUAUCAUUUACACAAUGACACAGUAAGCAACAAUAUAUUUAUACAGUUCUGUCAUUGAUUACAUUUUUCAGCAAUGAUACAUAUUUUCCAUUAUAGAAAAUAAUCAAUAUUAAGUAGUUUGAGUACAAUGGCUAAGCACCCAAGUUUCAGGUAUUGAGAAAUGUUAACCACUAGUUGGUCAGUUAUAUCUUUGAUGUUCUUAUGUUUAUGUGUGAUGCUGUAACAUUAUUACAAUAAAAUAAAGGUGUAAAAAUUGAGAACCAAACUUGCUAUGUGUACUACAGAAGUUUCAAUAGCUUGCCAGAUAUUUUUGUUUCUACAGAAUACUUUUUCCUGUUUGUACGUGUUUGUGCUAACUAAAGUGUUACUAAAAUAAUGUGUAAAAAAUCAUUUCUAUGAGCUAUUUUCCCACCACUUUGAUUUUGUAUCUAAUGAAGGAUUACUUACAGCACUAAAAUUCUAUUAUGGAAAUAAAUUAGUUUUAAGUUAAUAAGCAAUUAGCUAUUAAGAAAUAUUGUAGUUUGUCGCAAUUCAGUUGUCUCCCCUGCAGAAAUUCCAGCAUGUUCUCUUGCUUGUGAAAGAAGUGUCAGUGUACUGUUCUUUUGUGUUCAUGUUUAAAUACAAUCAUUAAAGAUCGAUUGUGAAAAAAUUGUGAUGGAUAUAAUAUUGUGAGGUUUUUAAA